CUCGGCCCAUGGGCGGCAGAAGGCUGCGAGCCCAGCGCCCCCGGCAGGCCCGGGAGGCGGGACCCUAAAAGCCUGCGAGAAGGCCAGGACUUCUCGCAGGUCUGAACCCCGGGAGGGCAGAACCCUGGGCCAUGCUGGAUCCCGGAACAAUCUGGACCCAGGGAGGACAAGGACCUUGGACCAGACAGAACCCGGGGAAGAGCCUGCACAAGGCUGGACCCUGGACCAGGCUGGACCGGGGUGGGCAGAAUCCUAGACCAGGCAGAACAGCAGCCGAGGUGAAUUCCGAGCAGUCUGGACCCCGAGAAAACAGGACCUAGGGAAGACAAGGAGCUCAGUCCGGCUAGACCUGGCACCAGGCACGAUUCCAGAGAACAGGACCCCGGAAGAACAGGAGUCUGGGCCAGGCUGGAUCCAGGGGGAUCAGGACCGCAGACCAGGCAGGACCCAGACCAGGCCAGAAUUACUGAGGACUACUCUCUGAACAGUCCUUAGGACUGGGCAGCUCUCCCAUAGUUCUGGGACCCCAGGACCGGUGGAGCCCGACUCUUGGAAUGGACACUUGGGGGAGGGUCAGUAUUAGAGACCUGACAAGAGUCUAGAAAAGGUCAUUGAGGAAGAAUGGCUCUCAGGACCUGGCAGGACCUAGAAAAUGGCAGAAUCACUGAGAUGGGCCAACUAAAGAUAGAUUACAGAGGAAGGUUACCCCGAGACCACCCCACAGAGGGCCAGGGUGCUGGGACAAGGCCAUAGGAAGGUCAGGUCUCAGGGACAAAUCGGCUGUAGAGAGCUGGGAAAUCAAGGCUGGCUCAAAGGAAUCUGGACCACUGUGGCAGUCCUUUGAGUAGUUUGAGGCCCUGAGGGUGAACUGUGAGGAGAGUUCAGAAUAUAGAUAUAUAAUAUAGAGUUCAGGACAAACAGGACCAAAGGUGGGUCCCUUUAAAAUGAAAGCCUUGGAGCUGAACCAUGAAGAUGGUCCUCAGGGAUUACUUAGAUAAUAGUUGGAACUUUAAGGCAGGGAGGGCCUAGGACUCUAGUAAUUGACCCCCGAACUCUGCUGAAAAGACUACUAGGCAUUGGGAGGUUUCGAUCAGCCCAGCCCACAGGGAACCUUUGCUAUGAAGUGCUUACACUCCCCACAGGUCCCCUAGCUUCCUGAUGUUACAGAGUGGGUGAGGCUCUUAGCAUAGUUGCAAGGCAAAGUUGGAGCUCAGCUGGGCUCCAAGGACUCAGGUAUCAAGGGCAUGCCCUGUGCUUGCUGCUUCAUGCCCCAGCCUCCAAGUUGCGUUUCGCCUGGUCUCCCCAGCUCCUACAGGACUGUGCCUUUCCCUAGUCUUGACCCCAGACUUCACAAUGUAGCCCCGAUUCCAGACUGUCAUUCACAGAAAAUGGAAAAGGAACAAGGGACAGAAGGAAGGUGCAGAAGCCAGCCAGAACUCAGAGUGAGGAGGGAUCAUCGCAUCCACUUGGUGGCCUGAAGCCUCCAUGCCACCGAGUGAGGAAGGACACGCAGACAUCCAGAGGAGAAGCCAAAGAUGUUGACCAGGAAGAUUAAACUCUGGGAUAUAAAUGCCCACAUCACCUGCCGCCUGUGCAGCGGCUACCUCAUUGACGCAACCACAGUGACUGAGUGUUUGCACACAUUCUGCAGGAGCUGCCUGGUGAAGUAUCUGGAGGAGAAUAAUACCUGCCCCACCUGCAGGAUCGUGAUCCAUCAGAGCCACCCGUUACAGUAUAUCGGUCAUGACAGAACCAUGCAGGACAUUGUUUACAAGCUGGUGCCAGGCCUCCAGGAAGCGGAAAUGAGGAAACAGAGGGAAUUCUAUCACAAACUGGGCAUGGAGGUACCAGGUGACAUCAAGGGGGAGGCGUGCUCAGCAAAACAGCACUUAGAUCCCCGCAAUGGUGAAACCAAAGCAGACGACAAUUCAAAUAAAGAGACAGCAGAGGAGAAGCAGGAGGAGGACAAUGACUACCACAGGAGUGACGAGCAGGUAAGCAUCUGUCUGGAAUGCAACAGCAGCAAACUACGUGGCCUCAAGCGGAAGUGGAUCAGAUGCUCAGCCCAAGCAACUGUGCUGCACCUGAAAAAAUUUAUUGCCAAGAAGCUUAACCUCUCCUCCUUCAAUGAGCUGGACAUUUUAUGCAAUGAGGAGAUCCUGGGCAAGGACCACACGCUCAAGUUCGUGGUUGUUACAAGAUGGAGAUUCAAGAAGGCACCCCUCCUGCUACACUACAGACCCAAGAUGGACCUGCUGUAAGUUCAGCCAGACUCAGCCCACACCCAGCACUCUACAUGGCAAAAUGUGCUGUGGAAUGUUGCCUCUGGGUGCCAUGCGGACCAGAUUUCUGAAUAGAGAAUAUUUAUAACUUUUGUAUGAGAGAAUCCACUCCCAACAAGACACUACCAGCACGCGUUUACAGAGGAUGAAAACACUUCGCAGUUUGCUCGUCUCUGCUUCAGGUCCACAGGCCAGAGAAGAAGUGAAACAUUAGCACGUCCCACACCGCGUCUGACACGCAGCACCUCUGCUUGCUUUCCAGGGCUUGAGAAUCUUGAGUUUCAGUUUAGUUCAUGGAUUAGGUUUCAUAAUAAGCCUCAAAAAUAUUUGUACUUUAAGUCCUUUGUAAGUUAUUGAAAGUCUUUUCAUGGUAAAUAUUUAUGUUGCUUUUAGCUUCCUGAAGACUUAAGAGAUAUAUAAAAUUUUAAUUUAAAGUAUACCCAAAGAGGCUUGCAGCAAUGCUAUGACUUAGCCAUGGUGUUUAAUUUCUAGGGUACUCAGAAGCCCAUUCCCAAGGUUGAGUCUUAGACUGUGCAUCCUGGGAUGGUCUGUGUUGGUUGGGCAAGGCAAGAACCCUUCCAUCACUCCCCAGUGUCAUGUGGCUGUAAUCUGGCUUCCCCAGUAAGGCAAACUAGAGGUGGUGUGGCCAGUGCAGCACUGGCUUGUUGGAAAGUUCUUGGAAAGACAGUUUUCCUUGGAGAGGCCAUCACUGAAGCUCCUGCCUUUUCCAUUCUGUUUUCCUUCUGCUGGAAAAAUGUAGUGGUGGCUGUGUUUGUCACUUACCAACCAGCACAUGCCAUCCAGUGGGGAGACUUUAUAAAGACACUUAGGAGGUAGCCUCUAGCCUCCAUGUUCCUGGUAGAUCAUGGGGUUAACAUGCGUUCUUUGGGUCUUUUUCAUGAAAGGUAACUGAGUGACCUGCUCACUUGAGGAAACAGCUCGCUUCAGCAGAAGUGGCUUUUUCAGUCAUAGAGAGGAUAUUAUUUGUUAACACACACACCUUUCUCACAUACAGUUUAUUGCUUUGUUAGGUUAGAGAAUGAAUAAGACACUAGCAUAUCCAACUUCAUUCCCUCUUCAGGGGUAUGAGGGCAAGAGUAAGGAGAAAGGGUCCUGACCUGGGGUCCCAGGGACCUCUCAGUCUGGGUGCCCUUCCAGGUCCAGUGAGAAUUGUAGGAUCCUAUAAUCCCAGCAGUACCUCUGCUCUUGGUGAGCAUAUGAGAUCUUAGUGGAUCCCUGGGGGUCAGGCUUUCUGAGUCUUCACCUUAGCAACUGGAAUAUUUUCUUGAGUUUGCUUUGACAGUUGGAAUUGAGUUUAUCAACACCCACUUUUUCUUCUACUUCCUCUUUCACGUACACAGUGUCAGAAGCAGCGAUUAGUGUUGACUUAAUGUUGGUAAGUAAGAAAAAAACAUCCAAAUUAACUCAAUCUUUAAUGUCUGACCUUCUAAAACAAAAGCAAGCUCUUUUUGUUUUGAAUUAAUCAAAAUUCACCUCUCUAUGUAAGCCAGUUUGGAUUAUUCAGUUUCCUGAGUUUGCUGUCCAUUCAAAUCAUUUCUAGAGUUACUAUACAAGGGUUUAUGCGUAAAUAUUACCUUUCUACCUCAGAACACACGUGCUGCUGAAGCAUUCUGCAAGACCGUGUUCUCACAAUGCAGUUACAUUAGAAUUUAGGUAUUUUCCCAUGUGGUGAAAUUAAACAGCUACAAACCUCCAAAUUCAAGUAAAGUUAAUUCACGGUUCAGAUCAAACUUAGUAUGGCUGUAUAAUCUCAUGAUAUAUAUUUGUAACUUUGUAGCUACUUUUAGAAUCACUUGACUUUGCUAUGGUGCUAAGUUGAUAGAUCUAAGUAUUCAGCGAGGUGGACAUUGCAACCGAUGUCCUAGCUGGGCGCCACUGCCCCAACAGCCCUGCUUCUGUCACCACGUUAACCUGUUAAACCUCAGCAGCAAAAUACCUAUUUUUCUAAGAUUCCAUCAUCCGCCUGUGUGCACUGCAGACGGUUUCCUGAUGCCCUUCUGCCCUUUGGUCUGACCUGUAGCCUUACCUCGCUCAGAGAUGAAGCAGAGUGAGCUUGCGUCAGAUGGAAGCUUCUGGGCGCCUUAUUUCACUCCUGCCAAGCUCCACGUGACAUCCAAGGCCGAAUUUUAUUUUUCCAGCAUGAACACUAGGAUCAGUUAGCGAUUGGUCCUGUCAAGCUUUCUCAGCAGGCGGAGCUCCUGCGAAGUUGUUUUCAUAGCUGCCGAUGCUAGAAAUCGGGUGCGGCCGGCGGCAGCUCUGAGACCAGCCUCCCAGCACGUGGUCUCGCUCAACACCAUUUUCACAAAAAUAGAAAACUCAGAUAGAAUAUAUAAUAUUGAAUUUAAGAUUUGGGGGGUUAAAAAAAGAAAACUUAACUUUAUAAAAUUAUUUAUUCUAUUUUAAGCCUUCUAUCAUAUUUUCCCAUCCAAUUGUUUGGUUUCCGUGGUCCAGCUUUAUUUACAGGCAUAUAAGAUAAAAUUGUGAGAUGUUUUGCAAGCUUCUUUUACUUUUUGUAGCCUUUGGUUUGUAUGUUUUUAUAGGGAUGAAGAGGCAUUUUUAUGCUUUUGUGCAAUAGGUUCCAACAUGCGUUUAUUAGUGUUUAAAUUGUGAUCUAGCAUCUACUAAAUUGAAAGGGAAUAUAGGUGGAAUUUCAAAA